GUUCCCUCGUGUGAGCACUGCGUGCCGCAAUGCCUCACACUUGCGGCGCUGCUAGUCAUGCACAAUGGCCUUGCCCACAGGAGCCGCGAAGAACAAGCAGCAUCACUUUCUGCUUGGCCUCACAGACAUCGUCUUGGAGGCACGAAACAGGGCGCGGACUUUGGCAGCUGCGCAGGACCAUGAGGAGGUAGAGGAACCUGUGUCUGGCUUGAGGCGGAGGCGGUCAAUUGCAGCUAGUGGCUGGGAAACACCUAGCCACGAUGAAGGGCAAAGUGACAUGCAGGACGAAAGUGCGAGCGUGGAAGAAUCUUCUGAUGUGAUAGCACUGUGGUCAGCUGCAACCGACGCCUUGGCGAUUUCACGGGCAGCCUUGCAAAGCCAAAGCCUCCAAUUGGCCGUUCUUGCCUGGCGAAGUGCCGUCAAUGAUGCGAAAGCAAGCAUGAAGCUUGAGGCUUUCCGGCAAGUUUUACGCAGCGCUGCGACCAUGGCAGAGCUGGGAAGCGUGCUUUCCGGAUGGCGGCAGCAUGUACAAAUCACGCGGCAGACGGAGCGACAUUUGGCCAAGCGUCAGGCGCUCGCGCACACCUUCUUGCUUUCGACCGUGUUGCACGCGUGGGCAUCCACUCCGUCCAUCUCAGCACGCCCGGCUCCCAUACAGAGAGCGCCUUCCUCGGCAAGGCCACUUAUCAGCCCCUUUGUGUUCCGAGGUUUGUUGCUGCGGAAUUGCUGGAGUGCCUGGUGCCAAGGUCAUCUUGCAGGGCCAAAGGUUGCUGAAUGUAUGGAUCGGAAGUCCAAGAGGCGUAGUGUGCAACGUGUGCUUCAUGCUUGGCGACUGUUUUGCUGCGCAGACACUGCACGGAAGGCUCGCGCAUACACAAAGACGGCUUCAACUGCAUUCACCGGCUGGCGGCUUGCUUGCUUGGCCUCCAGACUUGGACGGAGCAUGCGGAGCGCCACGGCGGACGCGCGGCAGCUGCAUGCCGGAGAGCAGGUCCUGUCCGUGGUGUGGAGACACUGGAGUACAUCGGCCAAAGUCAGCCGAGCGCCAGCGAAUCCAGGGGACGAGAAGGAAGCGGAUGCAGCACUUUUGCUGGCCUCUGUGUUUUCAGAGGGCUGGAAGCUGGCUUGCUGCGCAUCCAGAUUUCUGCAAAAGCUCAACGAGGCCACAGCAGACGCGCGGCAACUGCGUGCCGGAGAGCAGGUGCUGGCCACAUCGGCCAAAGUCAGCCGAGCGCCAGCGAAUCCAGGGGACGAGAAGGCUGAAGCGGAUGCAGCACUUUUGCUGGCCUCUGUGUUUUCAGAGGGCUGGAAGCUGGCUUGCUGCGCAUCCAGAUUUCUGCAAAAGCUCAACGAGGCCACAGCAGACGCGCGGCAGCUGCAUGCCGGAGAGCAGGUCCUGUCCGUGGUGUGGAGACACUGGAGUACAUCGGCCAAAGUCAGCCGAGCGCCAGCGAAUCCAGGGGACGAGAAGGAAGCGGAUGCAGCACUUUUGCUGGCCUCUGUGUUUUCAGGCUGGAAGCUGGCUUGCUGCGCAUCCAGAUUUCUACAAAAGCUCAACGAGGCCACAGCAGACGCGCGGCAGCUGCAUGCCGGAGAGCAGGUCCUGUCGGUGGUGUGGAGACACUGGAGUACAUCGGCCAAAGUCAGCCGAGCGCCAGCGAAUCCAGCGGACAAGAAGGCUCUCGAAACGCCAGUAAUCUCUGCAGUGGCCUUGCUCGCCGCCUGGCGACUAUGUUCCAUAUCUGCUACAAAGCACCGGGAAUUAGUUGCUGCGAGCUUGGCGGUCCAACUCAACAAGAACCGACUCACACAGGCCAUGGCUGCAUGGCAGACGUGGCGCACAACCUGCAAGUUCAAGGGCUUGCGAAACCAGGCGGUCGGCCGGCUGGGCUUCCGUGGGCCCGUGCGGGGCACGUCAACCGUUCGGGUCUUCGAGAAGGUUGCUGCUGCUUUGGACCAGUCGCAGACAAGAGAGCAGGUGCUUAGGCUUGUAUGGGGCAACUGGCUUCAACUUUGCCGUCAGAACAGGCAACGAAUGCAGGCGAUGCGAGGCUGCCAGUCAAUUGCAGCUUUGGUUGAUCGUGUUGACCAUGGUUUUUUGCGACUCGUGUGGUGCAUGUGGGCGGGUUACCUUGACCUGGCGGCUCGGUUGGCCAGAAGCGGCUCAAAGGUCACGUCCUUGCUCAACAGUUUUCGGCGGUCUCAAACUCUCUUGCACACCUUGCUGAAUUGGCGAGCGGUGGCCAGCGUGGCGAAGGUCAAGGCUGCAGCACAGUCACUGCAAUUUGGAAGGUUGGGAGCAGGCGAACGAUGGAUACAUGCCUUGGAACGGGCCGACGUUUGCCAGUUGCUUUUGGCUUGGCGUUCUGUGCAUGCCCAGCAUCUUCUGUAUGAGAGGUUGCAGAAGCUAUUUGGCAUCAAGCAGCGGCAAGCUGCCGAUCGUUCCAGACGUCGAGCAGAGCGCUCUUUCCGUGCAGCUUCCACUACUGUACUGCGGAGCCGCCGCGACACCCGCUACUUUCAGAUGUUCUGGGCAUGGCGUGAGGCUGCCCGAGAAGGGCGAGUGGAGGAGCAGUUGGAGAGUCUCAAGGCACAGAUGGUUCAGGCAGCCAUCUCCUGUCGCACAAGCAUUUUCGAGGCUGCCUUACUGGCAAUGGCAAGGUCCAAUGUUGCAUCAGAAGGCCUGUUGCUACGACUUUCUUGGUGCAGUUGGCAUCGUGGCCUCGCAGGGAUGCGGCUACAUCGUUCGGAGAUUCUGUUUCGAUGCCUUUCCACGACGCUUGGAAUGUAUUCUUGCAGGGCUUCUGUCUGCGCCAUUUUGACCGCCUGGCGGCUGCAUUGUUGCAACUUGGCGCAGCCUGUUCGGGCCUCAAGAGGGGAAGCCAAAGCUUACUUCCUGCUUUGGAAGGCGUCGGUGCAUGGGGCUCUGAGCAGAGAGUCAGAGGACAAUCGGCUUCCACUUUGGUACUUUCUCGCCGCAUGGAAGUUGGGAACCCGCAGCCAGGCAGUCCAGCGGCAGCUCCAAGAUGGCAUCUCCCUAGCAGCCGCAUGCACAUCUGCAGCAUUGCAGCAGGGGUACAUCGUGCUCCUGCAGCGGGUUUGGGAUGCCUGGAUUGUGCAGGCUGUGCCGCCUUUGCUGGUGCCAGCGCCUGCUUGUGCGCCGCUGACGAUCUUGAGAAGGGCAUGGUUCAGAGAGGACGUGAAGCAGCUGCAAGCUGCGCUGCUUGCCUGGCAGAUGGUGGUCAUGGCCGAGUCGCUUCCUGCUGAGUCGGUGCCGCCGAUUGCUUGCGCGCCACUGCCCAUCUUGAGAAGGGCAUGGUUCAGAGAGGAUCUGCAGCGGCUGCAUGCUGUGCUGCUUGCCUGGCGAACGGUGGUCAUGGCGCUUCCUGCUGAGUCGGUUCCAGCGGUUGCGUGCGCGCCGCUGACCAUCUUGAGCACGGCAUGGUUCAGAGAGGACCUGCAGCGGCUGCAUGCUGCGCUGCUUGCCUGGCGAAUGGUGGUCAUGGCCGAGGCGCUUCCUGCUGAGUCUGUGCCGGCGACUGCUUGCGCGCCGCUGGCCAUCUUGAGAAGGGCAUGGUUCAGAGAGGACCUUCAACUUGUACGGUCAGCGCUGUGUGGAUGGCGAAACGCAGUGUUGGCGUGCGCGUACUCGUCAGACCUACGCUUGCUGGAGCAGCGCUUGGCCUCUGCAGCAUCCCAUGUGCAUCGCUUGGCUUCAUGCCAGCAGGCCGAGCAACGUGAAGCCUACCUGCGACAGGUGAUGCUGUCUUGGCGCGUGGCAGCCUUGCAGCGCGUGCAGGAGCAUCUCCUGCAGGUAGUUGACAGCUGGAGUGAGCACAGUGCUUCCGAGCAAUCAAGCCCGCGAAGGAUGCGGGCCAUUCUUCGCCAGGUGUUCACUGCCUGGCGCCGGUCAGCUGCAAAGGUCAGCCCUGUCAUUAACCUCUCCUUGGAGGAUGAGCGUUGCUUCAUGCUGCGAGAGCUUACAAGACUUCAGUCUGAGAGCAAGCAUCGAACCGUUGACAUGCUUGAGGUGAUGGCCCUCUCACAGCAGGCGACAUUGACUGAGGCACAACGGAGUGAGAAGGGAGUUUCCAGCAGUGGCUCCGUCUAGAAGUUGUUGUGGAACAGCCCGACGUUUCACC